CCGCGAACCCGGGCCAUGGCGAUAGACCGGCGGCGCGAGGCGGCGGGCGGCGUCCCUGGGCGGCUGCCGCCCGCGGCCGAGGAGAACGGCGCCCUGCCGCCCGGCGACGCGGCGGCCUCGGCGCCCCUCGGGGGACGCGCGGGCCCGGGCGGCGGCGGCGACAUCCAGCCGCUGCCCGCCCCGCACGCCGCCGGCGGCCCGCACCCGAGCCUCCUGUUGCUGGACUACGACGGGUCGGUGCUGCCCUUCCUCGGGGGCCUGGGCGGCGGCUACCAGAAGACCCUUGUGCUGCUCACCUGGAUCCCGGCGCUCUUCAUCGGCUUCAGCCAGUUCUCGGACUCCUUCCUCUUGGACCAACCCAACUUCUGGUGCCGCGAGGACGGCAAGGGCGCCGAGCCGGCGGGGGUCACGGCCACGGCCCGGGGGGGCGGCGGCGACCUGGCCAACUGGACCAGCCCCCCGACCACCCCCUUCUCCACCGCCGCCUGGGGGACGGCGGGCCCCCUCGGCAACGGCAGCGGCGCGGAAGGGGGCGACGCGCCGCCCCUGCCGUCCCCUCCGGACAAGGGGGACAACGCCUCCAACUGCGACUGCCACGCGUGGGACUACGGCCUCCGCACAGGCCUGGUACAAAACGUGGUCAGCAAGUGGGAUCUUGUGUGUGAUAAUGCCUGGAAGGUCCAUGUCGCUAAGUUCUCCUUACUGGUUGGAUUAAUCUUUGGCUACCUGAUAACUGGAUGCAUUGCUGACUGGUCCGGCCGGCGGCCCGUGCUGCUCUUCUCCGUCAUCUUCAUCCUCGUCUUUGGACUGACCGUGGCGCUGUCUGUGAACGUGACCAUGUUCAGCACGCUCAGGUUCUUUGAAGGAUUCUGCCUGGCCGGAGUGAUUCUCACCCUGUACGCGCUACGCAUAGAGCUCUGCCCCCCGGGAAAGCGGUUCCUGAUCACGAUGGUGGCGAGCUUCGUGGCCACGGCGGGGCAGCUCCUCAUGCCCGGGCUGGCCGCCCUGUGCCGGGACUGGCAGGUGCUGCAGGCCCUCAUCAUCUGCCCCUUCCUGCCCAUGCUGCUCUAUUGGUCGAUCUUCCCAGAGUCCCUGCGGUGGCUCAUGGCCACCCACCAGUUUGCGUCGGCAAAGAAGCUAAUCCUGCGCUUCACACAGAAGAACCGCAUGAACCCCGAGAGUGACAUCAAAGGCGUGAUGCCUGAGCUGGAGAAGGAGCUUUCCCGGAGGCCCAAGAAGGUCUGCAUCGUGAAGGUGGUGGGAACCCGGAACCUGUGGAAGAACAUCGUGGUGCUGUGCGUGAACUCGCUGACCGGCUUCGGGAUCCACCACUGCUUCGCGCGCAGCAUGGUGGGCCACGAGGUGAAGGCGCCACUGCUCGAGAACUUCUACGCCGACUACUACACGGCGGCCGGCAUCGCCCUGGCGUCCUGCCUGGCCGUGUGCCCGGCGGUGCGGCUCCUGGGGCGCCGGGGAGGCCUGCUGCUCUUCGUCAUCCUCACGGCCCUGGCCUCGCUCCUGCAGCUCGGGCUGCUCAACCUGAUCGGGAAAUACAGCCAGCAUCCGGACUCAGGAAUGAGUGACAGCGUCAAAGACAAGUUCUCCAUCACCUUCUCCAUCGUGGGCAUGUUCGCCUCCCAUGCAGUGGGGAGCCUCAGCGUGUUCUUCUGUGCAGAGAUCACUCCCACAGUGAUAAGGUGCGGCGGCCUGGGGCUGGUGCUGGCCAGCGCGGGCUUCGGCAUGCUGACGGCGCCCAUCAUCGAGCUGCACAACCAGAAGGGCUACUUCCUGCACCACAUCAUCUUCGCCUGCUGCACGCUCAUCUGCAUCAUCUGCCUCUUGCUGCUGCCCGAGAGCCGGGACCAGAACCUGCCUGAGAGCAUCCCCGACGGCGAGCACUACACGCGCCAGCCCCUGCUGCCGCCCAGGCGCGGGGAGCAGCCCCUGCUGCUGACCAACGCCGAGCUCAAGGACUACUCGGGGCUGCACGACGUGGCCGCCGCGGGCGACGGGCUGCCGGACCGUGCCACGGCCAACGGCGGGCGGCCCAUGUAGCAGGGCCCUGGGGGCGGACCGGGCUGACCGUGGCCAUGGGUGGGCCCACUCUGCUGAGGCCGGCGUGGGGACCCCCGAGGAGCCCAUGUGUGAGGAAGAGGACUUUGCAAACGACCCUGCAAAGACUUUCCUUUCUGCCAUGAAACGUUUGUAUUUAUUUUGGUCAUUUUUAAAGAGCACUUUACUCCCUUCCCUUCACGGGUCCCACCUCCUCAGGAAGAGGGACGCGGUGGCCGAGGACACACCGUGAGGACCGCGCAGCCCAGGCUCCCCGGGAGGUCCGCUGCGCCCUCAGAGCCAGCUGUCCCCGAGGCCGUGCACAGAGACCAACCAGCCACCGUCUGGAGCACUCCCACAGCUGUGCUUUAUUCAGACUGAAAUGUAAAUGGUUAGGGUUUUGCUAGAGUCUGUGUAUGGUUUUUAAAGGUUUUUCUCUGUAAGGUAAGAGCUUCUGCUCCAUGUGCUGGGGGAAAGCAGCUCACGGUAUCAUUAAAACCAGCUUAGUCUUU